GAACACCUGGAGCGGCUUCUCCCGGGAGGCCUUCAAGGAGCUGCGCCAGUUCACCGCGCUCGCCAUGCCGUCCGCCAUGAUGAUCUGCUUGGAGUGGUGGUCAUUUGAGGUCCUUGUGCUUCUCUCUGCGCUUCUGCCCAAUCCUCAGCUUGAGACAUCAGUGCUGUCAAUAUGCCUUAACACAGGUGCUCUGUUGUACAUGGUACCACUUGGCCUUUCUUCUUCUAUCAGCACGCGCGUCUCAAACGAACUUGGGGCAGGCCACCCAGAAGCAGCAAAGCUCGCGAUGCGAGUGGUCAUGUACAUGGCCUUGUCUGUAGGAUUUGUGCUGGCCUUGACCAUGAUCUUGCUACGGAAUGUUUGGGGGUACCUAUACAGCAACGAGCAGGAAAUCGUCACAUACAUGUCCAGGAUGCUGCCAGUUCUCGGAAUAUCUUUCUUCAUAGAUGGGCUUCACAGUUCUCUAUCAGGUGUGCUUACCGCCAGCGGCAAGCAGAAUAUUGGCGCAGCCGUGAAUCUCGGUGCGUUCUACCUGUUAGGCAUCCCGAUGGCUGUGAUGCUUGCAUUUGUCUUCCACCUAAACGGAAUGGGUCUCUGGCUUGGCACCGUUUCCGGCGGCUUCACCAAACUGGCGCUGCUUAUGUUUAUCACGUGGUGCAUAGAUUGGCAAAAGGAGGCACUAAAGGCACAGGACAGGGUCUUGAGUUCAUCCCACCUACUCCCGGUAUCAUAGAAAUGUGAAGCAUCAUGUGCACAUGGUGCAGACGGCUUGAUCGGUAUGGUAUCUGAUUGGUCCGGUACACUAUAUCACUUGAGCGUUGAUGAGGCAUUCAGCAUGGAGGACAUGUGGUCCUCGGAUGUAAAACAGUGCUGCCAUGAACAUGAGAUCAGCAGGCAGGCAUGAUCCAUCAAUUUUGGCCAUUGUAUGUUUUGUCUGAUUCAUUCUUGUGGUGUGUAACUGAUCUCUUGGUCCAGGAGACAGUUUGUGGGUAAGCAAUGCGCGGGAAACCAUUGUAAUCUGUUAUGUGGCAUGUUGAGAUGCAUAUCCACUAAGCAGCUUUGGGGCGUCUGGAACACAUAGCAACUGAAACUGAAUGUGAUUAAUUUGAAGCACUUGAUUAGUUGCAAGCUA